AUGGGCCCCGAGCCCUCGUCCGAGUAUUUCGACAUUGCCGGCACCAUUGCGAGCACCAACACGACGCGCUACUUCAACAUUGGGUCGGACAGCACGAGCUACAAGACGCUGACGCUCGACGAGACGGCCAAUACCACGGCGUGGGGCCUCGAGGGCGAUACCAUUAUAACCACGACGGGCAGUACCUGGGGCAGACAGCUGAAUUUCCUCGCUUGUCAACUCGAUGAUUCGUACUGGCAGAUUUACCUUCAGACAGGAAGCGACGUGCCCAGCGGGGCGACUUGCAGUAACUACCAGACCAUACAUUUGCCGUGCUUGUGUUGA